CCUUGACUAUCCAAAAUACACCUUUGAGGUGAUCCAGCGCCUGCUCGUGUUAAUUGGGUUGGACUCAUGCACUCCCAGGGUCCAUACUCUGAAGAAAUAUUUUCUCAGUUUUUGCCAUUUGUCCAUCGCACAAUAUAUUAAGGGGGAAAUAAAUGUAUAGCCCUUCUGUGGGUCACACCAGUUUAGUUUAUGCUUUCAUGUUCUGACUUGCUCUAUUUGGAGGAAAUGUGAUUGUGAGAGUCUAAUUGUUAUUUUGUGUUGUAGAGCCACUACGAACAGAAUGGACAUUUGAGUAAUGUUUGAAGUAUGGACAUUUGAGUAAUGUUUGAAGUAUGUUUUCAUGUUCUGACUGACAUUUAAGCAAGUGUCUUGUUAUGUAUGUUGGAAGGUCUUUUAUCUUGAGCCAACUUGAUGCACACUAGUACUAACUUGAUAGAAUAAGCUCAACCAAUGUCUUUUUCAGUUCCCUAUACUAAUUUUGAAAUUAAAUGAUUUGACACAGGAAGUUGAGUCAAAGGACAAGCAAGUUGUAUCAACUUAUUUAUUUAAGUGUAAUAAACUUGACACUAUAAGUUGACAUAACUUUAAUCAGUCAAAGCAAAGUUUAAUUUAAGUUUAAUCAGCAAAUCUCUUUUACAGUAGUACAGUUUUUUUGUAGUGUUCUGUAUAUGGUAGAAACAGUCUUUUGGGGGGUUAGAAGCCUUCAUUUAGUUACAGAUAUAUUGCUUUAUAUUCAUAAGGUAUUUUAAUUAUUUUUGCAGUCUUUGCCACCAGUGCCUGAGUUGUAAAUGUCUAUAAAAGUUACUGGGUGGCAGCCGAAAAUGUUCUUUUAGAUGGGAGAAGGAUACAAACGUGUCUCUCCUAAAGCACUAAUAGAUUUCAUUGUAAAUGCCAUUCAGCUGCACUGUUAAAGCCUGUGAUGAGCCACAUUAAGAAUAUAACUGAAGAGUCUGUGAAGGCAUACUAUGAACACCCCCAGGAUAAUUGUAUGGACUUUUGGACAAAUCUUCAUUAAUAUCAUAAUAGCAACCGGAGGUCAUUCGUCUGGUGGUCACACACGGUGGGAGUGACCCAACUCUUCAGCGCAGCUUGAACAGCCAAACAUCGACAACAACGAAUGUUAGAGAGGCCAGCCCACUUCUCGUCGGCUCAUGUCCUUGUCGAAAUUUCUUGUAAGAGAUAAAGUUGCGUUACUCUCUAUUUUGGGACCAAGGACUGAGCAUACGCAGACAGUUUCCUCUGACUAAACUAAACCUUAGCAAGCACUCUGAUUGUUGAAGGACAGCCUCUUGUGGCGGUGGUGAUAUUGCACAGCUGAGACUGAAGCUGAAAGGAAGUUUAAAAAAUCAGCAGCAUUUUCUUUACUCACCGACCACCCAGUUUAAACCCAGCGAUUCAAGGAUCUAUCGAGGCCUCUUUUUUUCUAAUAAAGGAUAUAACGUUAUUUAUCAAAUUACAUUUUCACUUUUAUAGCUGAAAGAAAGCUAUGGUAGUCAUAAGAACUAAGUGGUGACAGGAGUUUUCAAGGGGACUGUGUUUUCUCGUGAAGUAAAAUCACUUGGACAAAAGAUGGAGGAAUCAUCACAUUCUGCAUAUUCUGCCGCAUCGCCGACAGUGGUUUCUACAGCUGGCUACCUCAUGUUCCACGAAUACCACAGCAAUGUAGCUCUGGUGACACAUUACAACUAUACGGGCAAGCUCAAGGAGAACAAGUACAGAGAUGGACUUAAACCAGAGGCCAUCAUCUUCCUCAUCAUCUGUCUGCUCAUAGUGCUGGAAAACGCUGUGGUGCUGGUGGCUAUCUGGAAGAACAAAAAAUUCCAUCUGCCCAUGUACUACCUGCUGGGCAACCUGACACUCUCCGACCUGUUGGCAGGCUUCACCUACAUGGUAAACAUAAUCACGUCUGGAGCCAACACGCUGAAGAUGACCCCACUGCAGUGGUUCCUGAGGGAAGGCGGAGUGUUUAUCACGCUUGCCGCUUCCGUCAUCAGCCUACUGGCCAUCGCCAUCGAGCGGCACGUCACCAUGGUGAGGAUGAAGCCUUACCAGGGGGCAAAGAGAGGGCGCAUGUUCGCCUUGAUCGGGGCCAGCUGGGUUCUCGCAGUGCUUCUGGGGGUUCUCCCCAUCAUGGGCUGGAAUUGCAUGGGUCGCCUGGACCACUGCUCCACGGUCUUGCCGCUGUACGCUAAGAGCUACAUCCUAUUCUGUGUCACCGUCUUCAGUGCGGUGCUGAUGUCCAUCGUGGUGCUGUACAUGCGCAUCUUCCGCAUCGUCAAAUCCAACACGCAACGUCUGGGUUCCGGACCCCAGCGCAAGGGCCUGGCACGCAAAUCCCAGAAGUACCUGGCCCUACUGAAGACCGUCACCAUCGUGCUGGGAGUCUUCAUCGCCUGCUGGCUGCCACUAUUUGUGCUUCUCAUCCUGGAUUUCAGCAGCCCAGCAAAAAGUUGCCAGGUGCUCUUUCGCGCAGACUAUUUCCUGGGCAUUGCCAUGUUCAACUCCUUGCUAAACCCCAUAAUCUACACACUCACCAGCAAGGACAUGCGUCGGGCCAUCAUAAGGCUGCUCUGCAGCCACUGCCUCCUCACCAAAGACGGACAGGUGAAGAAGAUCGGCCUGCCCUUCCUGGAGUGUAGCACCAGCAAAACGGAGAUACCCUCCCACCGGCUGGAGGGAGUGGAGAACACUGUCUCCUCAGGGAACUUCACUCCUUCAACUAUCAAAGCCAUCUACCCCAGGAUGACCAAGAGUUGAACACAUUAGAAGCUGGAAAAAUACUGCUCAUAAAAAAGUACUGUUCAUAGAAAGUACUGUUCAUAGCAUGAAGAGGUGCUGGAACUCAUUGGACCUGGUGCAUGGAACUACUCUGAAAGGCACUUAAUGGCACCACCUCACUAUGUGCUUAAUCCCUUCACUUCCUUUGAAGUUUGAACCUUUAAAUAACAUUGAUAACCUGGCUCUCAGCCAACUCUGUUAAGCACAGGGUUGACCAUCCCUAUGAAUAAAAUCUCUAUUACAGUAACAUGUAAUAGGAUGUUAAGACUGAGAGCAUCUACGGGCAAAUAAAGGAAAACGAACAACUUCAAGGUGGUGUAUCAUGCAAUGUAGCGCACUCACACAUUGUAAUACAGGAUACCCUGUUCAGUGUUAAGAUGAUCAGGUUUUGUCUCUCAAGUUUCAUGAUGUUCAAAAGGUGCAGAAUAGGCAGACUGUCUUUAUGCGGAGAUCCUAUCCCAAGGCUGUGCAGCACUUGGUUUCCCCUCAGAAACAGUAAACUCUAACAGAAACAGAGAGAUGCAUACAUAGGAAAAUAACAGGUUUCCAACUUUUUCAUUUUCUUACCAAUGGUCUCUGGGCUGCCUGGCCACAAAUCAAGUUCUUGUGGCCUCCACCCUUUGCAUGGGGUUCUGGAUGGCUCCAAAACAUGUGCCUGGCAAGCGCAGGCACAAACGACUAAACAGAUCCAUGUGGCUUUUCAGGGCCUUACUGGUUUUGUGGAAUAAGUUGUCAUAGACACCAGAAGCAUGAACUUGCCCCCCCCAUUCUAAGGUUUCCCAAAGUCUUCUGCAAUCCUCUUCAUUAAGCCCAAUACAAAUGUCCUAUCUUAAACAAUACAAUUUAUGGGGAGCAACAAUGUAACUGCCCACAACGGAAUCAAUACUUUGUGUGGAAGUAACCCUGUAUUUAAACAUACUGUACAGAAUGUUCAGAGAUGAAAUGCAUAUUUCAUAAUGUGUAUCUAUGUGUUACGUGUAGUUUUUUUGUUGUUGACAGAACGAUGAAAGAGGUUUACUUUUAAGUUAUGCAUUAUCAUGUAAUAUAUGUAAAAUAAAAUUUUGCUCAAUA